GUUCCCGCGCCCGCCGUGCGCCACCUGGCGGCAGCGGCGGGAGGCGGGAGGAGGAGGAGGCGGCGGCGGCGGGGGACUGCGUCACGGGCGGCUUCUCUCGCGAUAGCAGCCCAGCAGCUCGGCCUCGCUAAGAUGGCAGCGACUGCGAGCGAAACUAAGUUGAGUGAGGAAUUUGUAAAAACGGACAAGCCAAAAGUGGACAAGAGCUGCCAUGAGCGCUCCAACGAUGGCAAAGAGGUGGCGGCGGCAGCGGCGGCCGCGGCAGCCGCGGCGGCAGAGAGAGAGGACGGGGCCGUGGAGCGCGAGGAGGAGGAGGAGGAGGAGAGCGACAAGCUGUUCAUCCACGAGCCCAGAGGCCAGGGCGAGGGCGAGGGCAACUCGGUGGACGCCGUCGUCGAGAGCGUCGUGAAGGGGAUCGGAAUCGGCUCGUCGCCCCUGAAGAGGAAAAGGAGCAGCCGGGGGCCGCCUCCGCCCCUCUUUGAUGACCCGUCGCUCCCGGAGGGCUGGGUCAGGAGACUGAAGCAGAGGAAGGCCGGGAGGUCCGCGGGGAAGUACGACGUGUACAUAUUCAACCCCCAAGGGAAGCAAUUUCGCUCCCACGCCGAGCUGAGGAGUUACUUUGGCAAGACGGGAGAGGUGGUGCUCAAGCCGGAGGACUUUGACUUCACGGUGGCAGGGCGAGGAAGCUCGGACGGCCGUGGUAACCGGUCUCCACGACUUCCACGGCUUCCCAAAACGGCCUCCGGCACUUUGGGUUUCGGGCGGGGGAGAGGAAGGGGCAGGGGCCGGGGCCGAGGGCGGGGCCGUGGCAGGGGGACCACCCUGGCGGUGCUCCGCACCAUCGGCAGGGGACGCGGGUCCCCCGGCAGACCCCGGAACGACCAGCAAGCCAGCCCCCUCGUUCAGAGCAUCGUGGUGAAGCUGCCCUUCGCCCUGGCGGGGGCGGCGGCGGCGGCGGCGGCGGCAGCAACGGGCGGGUCCGCCGUGAGCGUGCCGGUUAAACGAAAGCGCGGACGACCCAAGUUAAACAAAGACCCGCUGCUGAAAUCGGUCCCCCCGCCAAAGAAGCCGAGGCUAGAAACUGUUACGCCCGCAGUCGGCAAGCAACGCGAGGAUGGGAAGCCGUCGUCAUCUUCCACAGAGGUUUCUUCCAGAAAUGUCGCCGCAGCCGCCGCCGCCGCCACCACCCCCCCUGCCGCUCAGGAGCCCACGGUGGGCAGCUCCCCAGAGGCGCAGCCGCAAGCGAGUCAGCCAGACCUGGGCGCGCCGCCCAAGGUCAACCUCAAGUUCUACAAGCAGAGGUCCAAGAAUAACGUGACGGAGAAGCCCAAGAAGAAGGAAGAGCCGAAGCAGCCAAAGGUACUGUCCAUUUCCAUCAAGGUGGACGAUGGCGCCCAGAAGCCUGCGGAGGAGGGCAAGCUGAAGGAGUGCGCCGCGACCGCCGCCAAGGAGCAGCCCACGGAGUCUGCGGUCGCCGUGCCAGACAGCAGCUCGUCGCCCUCGCAGCCGGACCAGGCCAAGGCUGCCGAGGCCAAGAACGCCCAGGAUGGAAACUGAGGGCAGUGUCGGCCGAGGAGGCCGGCUCGGUGCCCGCGGUGGACGCUCGUGUGUGUGACGGGGGGUCGGGGGGAGGGUGGGAGGAUCUUUUGGCAUUCUCGCUUUCUAUAAACCGUAGGGCUUGACCUGACACACGUUUUCCUAGCUUUCCCAGAAGUUAGGUUGCUAGUGAUCAGUCUUUUACUUAACGUUGUACAGUGUUUGACAAAACACUUCUUUUGUUAACACUUUGAAUGUAUUGCAUCGAAAGUAUUUUCAACUUUAUUUGCAAAGUCAUUUCUAUUGUUAGGAUAUGAUUGUUUUUCUGUAUGUUUUGGACCAUACGAUUAUCCUUAACAUCACGACCCAAAAACACAUAUCUGCACCGAAAGCUAUCCAUCCAUGACCUACAUGCAAUAGAUAUUUCCUGAGAUUUGUAUGUGUACCUUGUGGGUAUCUCUCUCCUGACCUGUAAUACACAUUUACGUGCCGGUGAUUUCGAAUUCUUCCAUUUGACUCAUGCACCAGUGAAGUUGUCAACCCGAGAUGUUUUUAGUGUCCACCUAUUUAACCAGUCUUUCUGAUUAACUGCUUGCAGAUAUAUCUACAAGUGUAUUCUGCAGUAAUGUUUAAAAACUACGUCCCGACAUUUUCUAUGUUUAGCUUUGUUUAUAAGAUUUCUGCACAGUACAAAGCUUUGCAAUAACGUAUACAGUAAUAGGUAACUAGUAUCUCAUUUAUUGUAUCUCAUUUAUCCGUAGUCUUUUAUUGGCCAGUGUCGAACGCUGUGCAUAUCGAGGCCUUUAUGCAGUAGUUAUUUAUUUGCAAAAAAAAAGUUAACCAGAUAUUCUGGUGGGAAGAACAUGAAGGAUUUAUAAAGCCGCGUUUUUGCUACAAAAAAUGUAAUCCAACACGAGCGGUUUCCUGCUUUUUAUUUUGCGAUGUUUACGUAAACAGAGGAAAGCAUAAACUGACGGCCCCUUGCCUAUCCUACCAGUAGUAAAACCUAUUCUUAUACGUAACGCACUUACUGUAUACGUAAUGUAUAUUAAAUGUUUGCACUGUCCGGGGUUUCUAAAAAACGAAUGCUCGAUGAGUGACUUUUUUCUGACGAUCGUGAAAGUUGCGUGGACGAGUCUGUUGUAAACACAGUGUGGGUGACGUGCGGCAGGCUUGUUUUCAUAAUCACGGUCGUCUAUUUGUAGCACGGGACCCAGCUGAGCUUUGCAGCCUCUCCCUGAACGUGUGAUCAAUAUAAUGUUUUGUUGUCCGUGGUGUCUGCGUCACCCGUUAUUCAGGACACGCUACAGGCCAAUACACACGGCAGCGUUCAAAAUGACGAUGUACACACGCGCAGCAGAGCACCACCGCUUGUGAUAUUCUCAUGGCAGCCUUCAGGCCACCCCGAGGACAAGACGGCCCCCCCCUAAUAGACUGUUGUCAUUGCAAGCCGCUAAGACGAGUGGCUGAGGACUGCGGUGAGGAUGGACGCGCCACUCGCCUCGUGUGCCUUCAGCGAGGCCUCUGCCGAGUGGCUGAGCUUCGCUGAGGGAGCCAGCUCCGAGCUCAUACCCGUCAACCCAUGCAGCUUACCCCGUAUUCUUGUACAGGGAAAUUGAGUUUUCAGGUCUAUACGGCGUACAGCCGUUUCAAUUCGGGCAAAAACACAUUUUUGUCUGUUUCUCCCUUGUGACGGGACUUUGUAGGAUGAAGGGCACGGGGUGACCAAUAAGGUCUGAUUUGGUCUGUACCGAUUUGGCGUUCACAGGUUUGGUCUGCACCGAUUUGGCGUUCACAGGUUUGCAAGCUGCACCAGUCUUGAGAUGCACGCACCGAAUCACUCUUCUUUUAAGUUUGCAUAAUAACUGUGCCUUUGAAUAAUAUCCAAUGACUGCUCUUCCGUGUCACUAAUUGUCCAAUAUUGGAAGCCUUUCCUGCAGCUAUUAAUGAAACAAAGAAAUUCCAGUUGUCAUGAGUUUAUCAUCCCAGGUGAGUGGCGAGGUGUUAACUACCUCACCAGGUAUACAGGAGGUUGUGAGUUCAAUCUUGCGCGUGUCUCCACGUGGCUGUGUGGAUUUCUCUCCGGGUCCAGUUUUUCCCUCCACAGAAUCAACAUGCGUUUAAGAGUAUUUGUAAUACUAUAACUUUCCAUGUGAUAAGCCACUUUGUUGAGCUAUUAUUUGUGUCCAGGCCACUUCUGAAAAAGAGCAUUAGAGCUCCGUGGUAGGCAUCACCCGGUAAAAUAUAGUUUAACUGUUGAGAACAUUUUAAUUUAAAGCUUUCGUGACUGCAGGGAUUCAUAUUCUUGAUUCUAUCGGUAAAGUCACAUAGAAGGGAAACAAUAAAAUAGUUUUAUAUUUUUAUUAUUUUAUUGUUUCCCUUCGACGUGACUUUACCGAAAGAACCAAUAUGUUGAGAACAUUUUUACAGAUGACUGCCACGGCUUGCAUUCCAUUCUUCCAGCUCUGAUCUUUACACGAGACAAUUUUAUUGACCUCAAUGUUAUUCAUCGGGGCGGUAGGGUGGCCGCAGAGGUAGCGCUCGUGCCUCCUUGUCCACAACGCUCCAGGUUCGAUUCCCAACUUGGGCACCUUUGUAUUUUCUCUCCCUGUUGUGCACCCAUUCCCUCCACGUUCUCUUCAAUGUCUUCCCACAACGCAACUGGUGAUGGCCACAUCCAAACGGUGACAAAUGACCUGCAGGUUACUCAUUUGGGUUAACUGGCGCCCCUUACUGCAAACACCUGGCAGGACCCCCCCCCUUCGAGGCAUUUCUGGGUAAUCUCCAUAUAUAUAUGAAAGGCAAAGUUGUGAUUGUGUGUCUGCUCAAAAUGUUUAGCGUACUUCCUGACAUGCAACAAACUGGAAAUUUACCAUGUGGGUACUUUCCAGACUGUACACUUUUUGGGGGGGGAGCUCAAUAAUGCAUCUAUUUUUUGCACGGCAAGUGAGCUGACGUGAAAUCUGUCACGUGACCCGCGCAUGUGGAAGCGUAACGCAUUGUAGUGUAGUGGUUAGCGCGCUGCGCUUCGAACCUGGCGACCCGAAUUCGACUCUCGCUCAUGGCCACCACUGGUAAAGAUUCUUUCAACCGCUCCUGGGCCUCCCCUAGGUCGA